UCCGGGUGCGAUCUUGCGAGAUCGUCUUUUAAGGUGAUACUAGUGAAUGUUUCUGCAAGAUGUGUUCUGUGCACUGCUCCUGAGUGCGGGGAGUUCGGGCAAGCUCAAAGUCCCGACAUGGGUAUAGUGACCUAUGAUGAUGUGCAUGUGAACUUCACUCAGGAAGAGUGGGCUUUGCUGGAUCCUUCUCAGAAGAGUCUCUACAAAGAUGUGAUGCUGGAGACAUAUAGGAAUCUUACUGCUAUAGGCUAUAUUUGGGAAGAUGAUAAUAUUGAAGAACAUCUUCAAAGUCCUAGAAGAUAUGAAAGGCAUGAAAAAAGUCAUACUGAAGAGCAACCCUCUCAGUUUAUUCAGUGUGGGAAAGCCUUUGCAUUUCAGAGUCAUACCCAAAGACAUGAAAGAAUUUAUACUGUAGAGAAUCCCUAUGAAGUUAUCCCACAUUUUGAAGGCUUUGCAUAUUACAGUAGUCUCCAAAUACAUAAAACAACAGUUGCUGGAGAGAACAUCUAUGAGUGUAAUCAAUGUGAUAGAAACUUUUUAUCUCACAGUUCUCUUCAAAGCUAUAAGAGAGUUUAUACAGGAGAGAAACAUUUUGAAUGCAAUCAUUGUGGUAAAGUCUUUGCACAAAACUAUCAUCUCCUAAGACAUAAAAGAACACUUUCUGGAGAGAAAUCUUUCAAAUGUAACCAAUGUGGUAAAGCCUUUGAAAGGAACAGUCAUCUUCAAAUACAUAGAAGAACACAUACUGGAGAGAAACCUUUUGAAUGUAACCAAUGUGGUAAAGCCUUUGCAAGAAACAGUCAUCUUCAAAUACAUAGAAGAACACAUACGGGAGAGAAACCUUUCGAAUGUAACCAAUGUGGUAAAGCCUUUGCCAGAAAAUGUCACCUUCAACUACAUAGAAGAACACAUACCGGAGAGAAACCUUUCGAAUGUAACCAAUGUGGUAAAGACUUUACAACAAACAGUGGCCUUCAACUACAUAGAAGAACACAUACUGGAGAGAAACCUUUUCAAUGUAACCAAUGUUGUAAAGCCUUUGUAACAAACAGUGGCCUUCAACUACAUAGAAGAACACAUACUGGAGAGAAACCUUUUGAAUGUAACCAAUGUGAUAAAGCCUUUGCACAAAAAUGUCAGCUCCUCUCACAUAAAAGAAUACAUACUGGAGAGAAACCUUUCGAAUGUAACCAAUGUGGUAAAGCCUUUGCCAGAAACAGUCACCUUAAAAUACAUAGAAGAACACAUACCGGAGAGAAACCUUUCCAAUGUAACCAAUGUGGUAAAGCCUUUGCCAGAAAAGGUCACCUUCAACUACAUAGAAGGAUACAUACUGGAGAGAAACCUUUCCAAUGUAACCAAUGUGGUAAAGCCUUUGCAACAAAUAGUUAUCUUCAAAUACAUAGAAGAACACAUACUGGAGAGAAACCUUUCCAAUGUAACCAGUGCUGUAAAGCCUUUGCAAUAAACAGUGGCCUUCAACUACAUAGAAGAACACAUACUGGAGAGAAACCUUUUGAAUGUAGCCAAUGUGGUAAAGCCUUUGCAAGAAACAGUCGUCUUCAACUACAUAGAAGAACACACUGGAGAGAAACCCUUUGAAUGAAACCAAUGUGAAAAAGCCUUUACAACAAACAGUGGCUUUCAAAUACAUAGAAGAGCACAUACUGGAGUGAAACCCUAUGCGUGUCAUCAAUGUGGCAAAGCCUUUUCAAGUCGAUCUGGUCUAAUACAUCAACAAAGAACACAUAACAUAGGAGAGAAACCCCAUGAAUGCAAUCAAUGUUGUUAAGACUUUUUUUGUCCUUGUAUAAUAACUGCAUAGUAUUCCAUUGUAUAAAUGAAACAUUUUCUUUACAAAUUCAUCUGUUGAGGGACAUCUGGAUAGUUUCCAGUUUCUGGUCUUACAAAUAAAGCUCCUUACCCCAAUCACAA